AUGAAGAGAAAUUUAAGUGACAGUUCAUCUCGUAGCACAGCAGGUUGUCUACCUGUACCACUGUUCAAUCAGAAAAAAAGAACCAGACAGCCGCUCACUUCAAAUCCACUUAAAAAUGAGCCAAGUACCAGCACUGUGACUCAUAGUUAUGACUUUUCUGCUAGAACAACUGAAUUAGGGUGGGAAGUUGCAAAGCCAGAGCUGGCUCAACUACAGAAAACAACGAACAGUGGCCAAAUAGAACCUUCUAUGGCUCCUUCCCUGUUGAAACAACAAAACACAUCAAAGCCUCAUAUAUCAAAUACUGGAAAGAACCUGAAUAUUUUGAGAGCAGAAGAAAAGAAUACCAAUGCUAAAGUUUGGAACAGAAAUGAGCAUAUGUCGCCAAGUAGCAGAAUCAAUUUGAUAUCUGAUAGUGGAAUCAUUCGAAAGUUUGAGAAUAUCUCAAAUAGUCUGAGAACUGUUCAGCAGCACAAACUACCUGAGCAUCAUAAGGCAUCACAGCAUAUUGAGACAACUGUAACAGGACAAAUAUGUUCAUCCAAAGCACAAUGGCCAGUUAUAUCCAGCACCACAUCAAGAAGUCUACAGGAUCAUAGUCCAGCAUAUAAAUUUAAACAUAAUAUUCAACAAAAUAAAGUUAAUGAAAAACAAUUUGAUCAUGUUCCAGAAGACAAAAUGAUUCAGAAAGUUCCAGCAUAUCAAUUAAAACUUAAAGAAAAAGACAAUUCUCUGCGAAUUAUAAGUGCAGUCAUUGAAAGUAUGAAGCAUUGGAGCCAGUAUACUUAUAAAACUGCACUAUUAUUUGAAGUGUUAGGCACACUUGAUUCUGCAGUCACACCUGGAGCAUAUGGAGCAAAAAGUUUUAUCUUGAGAGAUGGAAAGGAGAGUCUGCCAUGUGUAUUUUAUGAAAUUGAUCGGGAGCUUCCAAGACUAAUUAGAGGUCGAGUCCACAGGUGCAUGGGAAACUAUGACACAAAAAGGAACAUCUUCAAGUGUGUGUCUGUAAGACCUGCAACUGUUGUAGAACAAAGAACUUUCCAAGAAUUUGUUAAAACUUCAGAUGUCGAGAUGAGAGAAUGUGUGAAAACAAUGAAUGAAGUUUAA